UCUCAAUGUAAACAAACAAUUCUUGUAAACUUUUAUUAAUCUGUGCCGCUAAAAAAUAAAAUAAAACAUGAAUCCUUUAGAAAAAAUACACGUUUUAGAUGAAAUUGAAAAAGAAAUAAUAUUGUGCCUACAAAGUGCUGGCAUGGCACUUCAAGAACUUAGCAAAGAAAAGUCCUCCCAAAAAAAUGCCGAAACCCAGACCCAACAGUUCACCAAAUCCCUAUCGAAUGUUGAAAUGAAACUCAGCGAACAAAUUAACUAUCUAACGCAAGUGUCGACUGGCCAGCCCCAUGAGGGCUCUGGCUAUGCCUCAGCUAAAGUUUUACAAAUGGCCUGGCAUCGCAUUUCGCAUGUCAGAUCGAGGGUUAGAGAAUUGGAGGAAACCAAAGCCAAGUAUACACAUGCAGCUAGACAGCAGCAGCAACAGAGACAACAGCAACAUGCCGCUCAACAGGCUGCAGCUGCCGCCCAACAACAGCAGCAACAAAUGGCUCAACAACAACAGCAGCAACAGCAAUCACAUCAACAAGAUACUGGUUCAACCGGUGGAUCUAAUACAAAUGCAGGCGGUGGUGGUAUUAUGCCGCAAGAUGUAACAAUGCAACAAAGUGGUGGAAAUUAAAAUGUUUUGAAAACUAAA